GUUCCUGGAUCUCGGGGUGAGAGUUGACUGGAACAUGUGGUUAGACAUGGCUGCGCCCUGCUGGCGUUGAGGACCGUGACUGUUGAACACGGGAUGGAAUAGUUUAGCGCUUAUUUGAAAGCUCUUUCGUGGGUCAACAUGACAGACGACGGGAUGUUUGUGAAAGACACAAGCCGAGGCCAGACAAUAUCCAGGGCGAUGAUUAUUAAAAUGCUGAAUAAGAAGUUUGAAAAACUCCCCGAUAUCGACAAAAAACUCUUCUCAUACGGACCCAUAUAUUUGGCAGGCAACGCUGGAUUUGCUGGCUUAAUUGCCAACAGCUUUUUCAGACGUGUCCUCAAUGUCACCCAAGGACGAUUUACUUCCAGCCUUCCCAUGGCUGUUCUGCCCUUUCUGACAACUGCAGCACUUUACACUGCGACCGUGACAAACCCUUUGAUGUCAGGUGACCUGAACUGCCCAACCUGUACCCUGAUAAGAGGGGCUGUGGUUGGUGUAGUUGGUGGUGGCAUAUAUCCCAUUCUGUUGGCCUUACCUGUCAAUGCUGGUCUUGCAGCCAGGUAUAACAGUGCACCAAUGCCAGAAAAGGGGAACAUGAUACGUUUCUGGACAAAUGUCAGCAAGCCCAUUGUACAGAAGAUGUAUGUUGUUUUGCUGCUGCAGGGUUUGUUUGGAACCUUCUUGAGCUCUAAACAGUUUGAUAUCUACCUAAAAAUGCUGAAAAUACCCGAUUCUGACGGUGAAGAGCUUCUUGGUUAGCAGUUAUUGUCAUUUAUAUUGAUGAUAUUGUAAAUCUUUGUUAAAAUAAGUGAAACACGCUUGCCCAGUGGCAUAACCAAUCUUGUCCGAUUUGUUCUUGGUUUUGAUGUCUCAAUAUUUUCUAUUCACUAAACCUUUGUACUCUCUGCCCAAAAGUUGAAAAUGGAGAAAUCACCUCAAAUUGAGAUACUUAAAAGAAUAUAAUGUCAAUUCAGAAGUCUCUACGUGGUUAUUUUACUACAAAAGUUAACUAGAGCUUUGCCUAAACAAAAAAUGUGUUUGUGUGCAUGUAUGACGGUGGAUAAAAAGUGGUGCGAAAACAUAACUUUUACUAAUGUGCAACUUAUAAAAUUAUCAAAUGGAGAACAUGUGAACCAAUAAGCUCAGCUACUAAUAACAAAAACAAUGCACCGAGAAACAAGCUUAUGGACCUUAAUUAUAAUGUGCCUUUACCACCAUGAAGAGAUCUUUUAAUGUGAAUUUCCAAAUCCCGAUCACAACAAUCAACCAAACAGUUCUGAAAUGUAGACAAAUAUCGUCAUUAACUUUUUAAUAAAAAUCAUAAAAACUUCAUUUUGUCAGUGUUUCCGAAAAUCUAGAUUAAUAUUGUCAUUUGAGAUUUUCAGUAACAUUUAGAACAGUUUUAUCUCAUUGAAAUCUUACAAGCGGUUAUCAAAUGUCCUAUCAAAAAUGGUUUCUAAAUCUGAUGCAACGGUGUUGGAACAGAUUCAUUAAGAUGUUUGUUCUAUUCACUGACAGCAAUAUGAAGUACGUAGCAUGAAAAAAAAUAUCAACUGCAGUUAUACAUUUCAGAACUUCUUGGGUUGAUCCACAAUCUGAACUGCAGUCAUUAAACAUGAUCGACAAUGGCCCAAACAGAAUAAGUGCAUUUGUUUUGUUUUUUGGGAUGUCAGGGUUACCACAGCCCUUAAGGAAUUUUGUAGUAUACACUUGUAUAUAAUAGGAAGAAACCACCACCACUCUUUAUCCACCUUGAAGAGAGAUAAGAAAAGGCUUUUGUAGAGAGCGAAGAAAGUGCUGUGUAAAAGAGAAGGAGAGUGUAGUUAACAUCUUAUUAGGACACAAAACAUUACUUAAAUGAAAAUUUAUUACAUUUUUAUUUUCUUCAGAACAGCUGCAACCAUGUGCUAGCACAGUUUUUGGAUUUCCAUUACAUAUCACAUAUAGGUGUUCAUAUUCAAAAACCAUGACCCAUUCAAAAAUGCUGUUUCAGAACAAACUUAUUCUCCUGACAAGUGUCAAAUAAAGCCCAAGUGCUUUAACAAAUCAAGAUGAAACGCAUGGAUAUGAGGCAGAUGUUCAAUGUCUUGUAAUAAAAAAAAAAAAAAAAAAAAA